AUGGGCCCGACUGGAGUGGGUGAUGGAGUGGGCCUGGCUGAUGCAGGUGAAGGAAUGGGCCCGGCUGAAGCGGGUGUGUCGGAUGUAAAAGGUAUGGAAGUUCCGCUCCAAAUUUGUCGUAAAAACGAUACAGCUAUAGAUACCACUGAUGCUUUCACAACUUCAGAGAGAUUUGUCACACGGGAAGAAGUUAUCCGUUGGGUUAAAGAGACUGGAAUUAACAAUAAAGUGACCGUUAUUAUCACGCGUUCAGACACCGAAACAGGCAAAAGAGGAAGAAGUAACAAAGUGAUAUUUGGGUGCGAUGAAGGUGGAAAAUAUAAGGAUAAAAGUGAGACUCAAAGUGCUACUAAGAGAUGUGGAUGUCCAUUCAAAAUCAGAUCGACUCCGGCAAAAGAUGGUUCUGGAUGGAAGGUUGAUGUAAAGUGUGGAGUUCAUAAUCAUGGUUUACCAGAUAGAUUAGAAGGUCAUUCAUUUGUUGGUAGGUUGAUAACCGAUGAGAAGCAGCAUGUUGCUGAUUUGACAAAGAGACAUGUUCCGCCUAGACACAUAUUGAUUUCCUUGCAAGAGCGAGAUCCUGAGAACGUCACUCGGAUCACGCAAAUAUACAAGCAUAAAAGUGUGAUUGAAGCGGAGAUAAGAGGUCCAAGAAGUGAGAUACAACAUUUGUUUAAGCUUAUAGAGGAGGCGAACUAUGUUUAUUGGAGUAGGAAACGGGAUGAUUGUGAAGUUGUGAGAGAUAUUUUUUGGGCUCAUCCAGAUUCGGUAAAGUUGCUGAAUCUUUUUCCUACUGUCUUGAUUAUGGACGCCACUUAUAAGACCAACAAAUAUAGACAACCUCUGUUUGAAGUAGUUGGUAUGACAUCGACCGAGUUGACAUUUGCGGUUGCAUUUGCUUAUAUGGAGUGUGAGCUGACAGAGAGUUUUAUUUGGGUCUUGGAUAAGCUGAAGCAAUUGUUUGUGAAGAAAGAUGUGGUUCCACAAGUGAUUUUGACGGAUAGAGAUCUUGCUUUGAUGAGAGCAGUUGAAGUUGUUUUUCCUACGACGCAUAACUUGCUAUGUCGUUUUCAUAUUAACAAAAAUGUUGGGAUGAAAUACAAGGAAUAUGUGAUGAAAGACAUGCAAGAGACAAUAGGCACAUUGUGGAAAGAUGUUGUAUGGGCUAGUAAUGAGGUUGAGUAUGGUGUACGGUUGCAAUAUCUUGAACAAGCAUGCUUUGCUUGUAAUGACUUCCUCGAUUACGUGAAGAACACUUGGUUGAUCCCACAUAGGCAAAGAUUUGUAAGCGCAUGGAUUAAUCGAGUGCUUCAUUUUGGUAAAACCACGACAAAUCGGGUUGAAUCUGCACAUUGGAAGCUAAAGCAGAUGAUAGGAGACAGCCUUGGUGACAUGGUCAAAGUUUGGGAAGCUAUGAAUUCUAACCUAAAAAUCCAAAUAGGUAACAUUCGAGCUUCGUUUCAAAAAAGUUUUUAUGAGGUUGAGCACGCACACAUUAGUCCAUUUUAUGAUAAUUUGCGUGGUUCAGUAUCGAGAGCUGCUUUGAGACGCAUUGCAGAAGAGUUAUCGAGGCUUGAUUAUGUGUUAAAUAGUAGGGAAAAUGUGGUUGUACUAUGA